CAGGAAGAUCAGCAAAGCCCUCCCCAAUCCUAAGCUAAGACUUUUGAGGUGGACAAGGAGGAAUUAGAGGGGAUAGAGCGACCAAAGGAGGAAGCAGGGCAUUCCGCUUCAGUCUCUUUGCCUGUCUCUAUCCACUCGUCCAUCCCGAGCACAGGGGAAGCCGGCAAAAUUUCUUUCCUUGAGGAACUUGACCGGGAAGCGUCAGACGACGAGAUGGGUAGCGGAGCGAGCGCAGAGGAUAAGGAAAUGGCCAAGAAGUCCAAAGAGCUGGAAAAACAGCUCCAGGAAGAUGCAGAUAAAGAAGCAAAAACUGUCAAACUUCUGCUGCUGGGUGCUGGUGAGUCAGGGAAGAGCACCAUUGUAAAACAGAUGAAAAUUCUCCAUCAAGGUGGUUAUACAAAAGAAGAACAAAUGGAGUUUCGAUCUAUUAUUUUUGGCAACAUCCUGCAAUCUGCUCUGGCCAUCAUCAGAGGCAUGGAGAUGUUGGACAUCAACUAUGGGUCACCAGCAGCACAGGAGGACGGUCAGAAGCUCCAGAACCUGUCUGACUCCAUUGAGGAGGGCUCCAUGCCUCCAGAGCUGGCAGAUGUCAUCAAGAGGCUAUGGAAGGAUUCUGGUGUGCAGGCCUCAUUUGACAGAGCUGCUGAGUACCAGCUGAACGACUCUGCUGGAUACUACUUGAGCGAAAUGGACAGAAUCUGCAAACCUGACUACCUCCCCACUGAGCAGGAUGUGCUGAGAUCUCGAGUCAAGACUACUGGUAUCAUUGAGGAACAGUUCUCCUGCAAAGAGCUCCACUUCAGGAUGUUUGAUGUGGGUGGCCAGAGGUCAGAGAGGAAGAAAUGGAUUCAUUGUUUCGAAGGAGUGACUUGCAUCAUCUUCUGUGGAGCCCUGAGUGCUUAUGACAUGGUGUUGGUAGAAGAUGAUGAAGUGAACCGCAUGCAUGAGAGUCUCCAUCUCUUCAACAGUAUCUGCAACCACAGGUUCUUCGCCACAACUUCCAUUGUGCUUUUCCUCAACAAGAAAGAUCUUUUCCAGGAGAAGAUCAAGAAAGUCCACCUGAGUAUCUGUUUUCCUGACUAUGAUGGUCCAAACACAUAUGAAGACGCCAGCAACUACAUCAAGACUCAAUUUCAAGAUCUGAACAUGAAGAAGGGAGUGAAGGAGAUCUAUGCACACAUGACCUGUGCCACGGACACAAAGAACGUCGAGAUCGUGUUCAACGCUGUGACAGAUAUUAUCAUAAAAGAAAACCUUAAGGACUGCGGUCUCUUCUAAACACAAUCUACUUUUUCAAAGAUCUUUCUGCCCUAUCCCCACCAGCACGAUUGGAUUUACUCUGGCGAAGUUGCUACAGUAACAAAAGAAUAUCCACAGUGGCACAAAGGUGAACUCUACAGCAAGCAGUCAAGUGUGGUCAGUGGAUCCCCGGCCAAAAAAACAACCUCAAAAACUUAACCAACCCUCAGAGACUAGAUCCAGAUUAGACUAAUGGACUCUGCCCUGUCAAACCACUAGUAGAGACGAGAGAAGGAUUACCAAAGAAAGGGGACUUUUGAUGCUAUGAGUUAUUGAUGCUUGUGGAGAAGCUUCCUCUCAAUGUGUUUAAUGUUAAACCUUAUAGAGGUUUCACUGUUAGAUGUUUUUUUUUUUUUCUCCAUUCAUUUCCAGAAAAAGAAAAGUAAAUAUAAUGCAAUUAAAUGAUGCUGUAUCAAAGAAACUGAAGUGGGGCCCUAUCAGAUCCCUUGGUAGCAAUUAGAAACAUUCUUAUAUGUACAGCAUCUGGUUUCCUUUUGAGAGAUUCAAACUUGCAUAUUAGCAAGAUGUGAUUGUUUGAAGUCUGCCAGCUCACACAAUAUAUGAAAGACGUUUCUUUUUCAGCCCCAAAUACAGUAGGGCAGUAUGUUUUGUAAAUAAGAGUAGGAAAAAAGAUUCUAUAUAAAAUGUAUAUGGAGACAUUCCUAUAUAUAUUUAUGAUACAGUGUUACAGUAACAAGUGAAAAUUCUAGAAUGGCACGUUGCUUUGUUUAAAACCAGAGUUAUGAAUUUGUGGAAAUGUUCUGGAAUGUUAAUGUAGGCACAUGAAAUAAAGACUUGCAUCAAUUUCA